AUGCUCACAGACCUCCCGCCAGAAAUCAUAGGCCUCAUAUCCUACCACAUCGUUCUAGACACAGGCGCUCCCCCCGCGGCACUGCUCGCGACAAGCCACCACAUCCAUGCCGCCGCGUCCCCGACUCCAGAACUGUACGCCCGCGUCUUCCGAGACCACUACGACUCGUCUGCAGCCGUGCGCAGACUGGGUCCAUUGAAGAGUCGCGAUUUCGGCGCAGAGCUGCGUACACGCACAGCAGCGUUUGCACGCCUCAAUGCUGGUGAGGUGCAGGCGCGUGACCUGUGGGUCGUCUACGUCAUGCUCCUGGAGAAUGAUGGAAAGAACAUACGACACUUGACAAGACCGCUCGCGCCAGGUCCUGGCACGGACAUGGUCGCGCUGAUCAACUCGUUCCACGCGCGCACACUCGCAAGCAGGGGCACAUACCCGCCAGAACGUGUCGAGGACGCGCUGGCCAUGUGGAUUGCAUGGCUGCUAGACGACCACUCUACGCGAACUCAAGCGUCAUUGCGCGCUCUGCGGCCAUAUGUGUUUGCGGCACACAACUACGAACUGUUCUUUGCGCCAUGGACGCUGCUCAACGUCCCCACCCCGCUCCGGCGGCCAUACGCGCCCGGCCCGUUUGUUGUGGACACAAAUCCGCAGCCACGAGCAAACGUCGUGUCGCUGUACGGCCGGCAAGUGACCCUGGCCCACCCCCCGCUCACGCAUGCGGCGAUGCUGCGGUUCUUUGCUGGGCCACAGGACGGCGACGUGCCGAGCUCUGCAACAUCCAACAGUACACCCACCGACACGGCGUUUGACACGGGCGCGACGUCGGACCUGCGCGCGUUCCCGCGUCCCGUCAACCUCUCGCCGGCACACGACGCCGACUUUGCGCGUCUCCAGGCGUGUCCGGAUGGACGCAAGAGCGCCGGCCGGCCCAUCUUGGCGUGGCGCGGUGUGUUCGCCGGGUGCUGGGAGGGCACGUUUACGUUUCUCGACUUUGAUGCGUUCCGCGACAUGCUGCGCGGAGAGGGAGGGACGCAGCCCGUCUACUCGGGCGCAUAUGGCGAGCAGGCGCAGGUGUGGAAGCUGCGUGAGACGUUUGUGCGUCUCAAGACGGGCGCGGCGGGCGGGUCUGGAUCGGCGGCGGCGGCGACGGCAGGUGGAUCGUCGUCGUCGUCGUCAUCAUCUGGCCCGCGCAACGCGCUCCCCCUGCGCGGACCCAUGACCAACGCGGGCUUCCCCACCACGCUCCGCGACUUCAACCUGGCCUCUAUCGCGUCGCGGCCGCCGGGCGUCUCGCCCGAAGACGCGACGAUCAACGACGCCGUUGGGCGCCAGCUGGAAGCGCUGGACGACUACGAGCCCGUCCCCGAGGACGAGGUGGAUGCUGCACUCGCCGCCGACACGCCCGACCUCGCGCUGCUGGUGACGGGCGUGGGCCACUCUGCGUGGGGCCGGUUCAUUAUUUCGGGCCAUGUGCGCGUGUGGGACGGCCUGUGUUACCUCGUCAAGGAGUAUGCGCCCGACCAGCGGGGCAAAUGGAUCUACCGCGGGUACGUGACCAACGACGACAUCAUGGUCGGCCGGUGGCGGGACACGUUCACCCACGACGACUAUGUUGGGUACGAGGGAACGUUUAUCCUCAGCAGGAGGUAG